UAAAUUUAAAAAAUGUCGGUUAGUUGUGACCACCACCUAUUUUGAGCAGUCAGUAUAGGAUUUUGUAAAAAAAUGUUUGUAAGAGCGGCAUGAUCCAAAAAAAUCCCUCUUGUUGCCUCUGAUAUUUUUUGUCAUUUUAAACUGGACAUUUCUGGAGUUUUAUUCUCUCUUUUACAUUGCUCUCAUGGAUCUUCGAAGAGCUAUUUUUUGUCUUGAAGGAGUUGGCUCUUUUCUUCUUCUUCUUUAGAUACAGAAAGAAAAAGAGAGUCUUCAGUUUGGUAUUCUGUUCGUUUCUUGGAGAUCCCAUUUGUAACUUAGUGUUUAUCUGAUCUAUAGUUAACAAAUCCUGUCUUAAUCUAAUUACCCUUCGGUGAAAUUCAUUUCUAAAGUUCAAGUUUCAGCUGGAGCAAAGUUUUGCUGUUUUUUGAAGUAUACUAGGAAGGAAAAAAUUUUAAGUUAUAGGAAAUGAAAAGGCUGAAUGGUUCCGCAGUAAUCAAUGCAGAAAAAGCAUAAAUUUGUGUCUUUGUGGGAAAAUCAGGGGUUUGCGUGGCAAACAGAAAUAAAUUUCACCUUAAUCAAGUAAAAAUUAAUAAUUAGUAAUAAGAAAUCGGGGGUUACAGUUUUUCUUUCCCGUGGAUUGUUAAUUUACAGCUUCAUUGAAGGAAAAAAAGAGAGAACAAGAUAUGUUUUUGUCAGUAUGCGUAUGAUUUCGUAUACAAAGCUGUUUAGCUUUCGUUGAGCUAUUUUGGCUGUUAGAUUUUUUUUUCCCCAAGUGGUAUAAGUGUAGUUCUCAGACACCUAAAGGCCCAGGAAUCUUCUGGCUCGAUCAAGGUCGUCCAUUUAGUUUUCUGAGAUCACUAGGUAGCACGAACAAAGAUUAGUAAAUUAAGAAAAUUUGAGGUUCAGUUCAGAUAAUCUGUCAUUCUCUGUGGGACAAUAAAAGCUGCUCAGAGUAUUCAAGAUUUGCAUACUUUUGGUGUGGGUUCUGUUUUGGGAGUUUAAGAAUUUGAGGUUUGGGGAAAAUGGCUAUGGUAGCACAGCUACACAGGGAGAGUAGCAGUGGCAGCAUAAACAAGCAUCUUGAUUCAGGAAAAUAUGUCCGGUACACGGCAGAGCAGGUGGAGGCCUUGGAAAGGGUAUAUUCUGAGUGCCCAAAACCGAGUUCUUUGCGCCGCCAGCAACUGAUCCGGGGAUGCCCAAUUCUUUCCAACAUUGAACCCAAACAGAUCAAAGUGUGGUUCCAAAACCGCAGGUGUCGAGAGAAGCAGAGGAAGGAAUCUGUCAGACUUCAUAGUGUGAAUAAAAAAUUUAGUGCUAUGAACAAGCUUUUGAUGGAGGAAAAUGAUCGCCUUCAGAAGCAGGUAUCGCAGCUGGUAUGCGAGAAUGGAUACAUGCGCCACCAAUUGCAAAGUGCAUCAGCGACGACAACUGAUGCAAGUUGUGAGUCCGCAGCGACCACCCCUCGGCAUGUUCUCAAAGACACUAACAAUCCUGCUGGUCUCCUCUUAAUUGCGGAGGAGACUUUGGCAGAUUUCCUAUCAAAGGCGACAGGUACUGCUGUUGAUUGGGUCCAGAUGCCUGGGAUGAAGCCUGGUCCGGAUUCAGUUGGGAUCUUUGCCAUUUCAAAAAGUUGUGGUGGAGUGGCAGCUCGAGCCUGCGGUCUUGUUAGUUUAGAACCUACUAAGAUUGCAGAGAUCCUUAAAGAUCGUUCUUCUUGGUUCCGGGACUGUAGGAGCGUUGAAGUUUUCACUAUGUUUCCUGCUGGAAAUGGAGGAACAAUUGAACUUGUGUAUACGCAGACAUAUGCACCAACUACACUGGCUCCUGCUCGUGACUUUUGGACUCUGAGAUACACAACAACAUUAGAAAAUGGAAGUCUUGUGAUCUGUGAAAGAUCUCUUUCUGGUACUGGGGCUGGCCCAAGCACAGUAGCAGCGCCACAGUUUUUAAGAGCUGAGAUGCUUCCGUCUGGAUAUUUAAUCCGGCCAUGUGAGGGUGGAGGAUCAAUUAUUCAUAUUGUUGAUCACCUGAAUCUCAAGGCCUCGAGUGUGCCAGAGGUGCUUCGGCCACUUUAUGAAUCACCAAACAUUUUAGCGCAGAAAAUGACUAUUGCAGCACUGCGAUACAUCAGGCAGAUAGCUCAGGAGACAAGUGGUGAGGUAGCAUAUGGUCUUGGCCGGCAACCAGCUGUUCUACGCACAUUCAGCCAGAGAUUAAGCAGAGGCUUUAAUGAUGCUAUUAACAGCUUCAAUGAUGAUGGCUGGUCAUUAUUGAACUCUGACGGGGCUGAAGAUGUAGUAGUAGCCAUCAACUCCUCCAAAAACCUGAGCGCUGGAUCAAAUAACCUUUCCUUUAUUGGAGGUGUUCUUUGUGCCAAAGCAUCUAUGCUACUUCAGAAUGUCCCUCCAGCAGUACUGGUUCGGGUUCUCAGGGAGCAUCGUUCAGAGUGGGCUGAUUUUACUGUUGAUGCCUUUUCUGCUACAUCUCUAAAAGCGAGGUUGUAUGCAUAUCCAGGAAUGAGGCCUACAGGGUUUACUGGAAGCCAAAUCAUCAUGCCACUGGGUAAUACAAUUGAACAUGAAGAGAUGCUUGAAGUGAUUCGGCUGGAAGGACACUCUCUUGGUGAGGAGGAUGCUUUUAUCUCAAGGGACAUUCACCUUUUACAGAUGUGCAGCGGGGUUGAUGAGAAUGCAGUGGGAGCCUGCUCUGAGCUUGUUUUUGCUCCAAUUGAUGAGAUUUUUCCUGAUGAUGUACCACUAGUGCCCUCUGGCUUUCGCAUAAUUCCGCUCGAUUCAAAACCAGGGGACUCGCAGGAUACAUUGACUGCGCAAAGAACACUAGAUUUGACAUCUAACCUCGAAGUUGACCCAGAAACAAACCAUGGUGCUGGAAAUGCUACAUCAUCUUAUAGUGCACGAUCAGUAUUGACUAUUGCCUUCCAAUUCCCGUUUGAGAGCAAUUUACAGGACAAUGUUGCAACAAUGGCACGUCAGUAUGUUCGUAGCGUGAUUUCCUCUGUGCAGAGGGUUUCCAUGGCCAUAUCUCCAUUGGGAUUGAGCCCUACAUUCGGGCCAAAGCUAUCCCCGGGCUCUCCAGAAGCUAUUACACUAGCUCAUUGGAUCUGCCAGAGCUAUAGUUUCCACGUCGGAACCGAAUUGGUGAUGGCUGAUACGAUAGGGGCUGAAUCAAUAUUGAAAACACUGUGGCGUCACCAAGAUGCCAUAUUGUGCUGCUCGUUGAAGCAGGUGCUUCCAGUUUUCAUAUUUGCGAACCAGGCUGGGCUCGACAUGCUGGAGACUACUCUAGUGGCUUUACAAGAUAUUACAUUAGAUAAGAUAUUUGACGACGCUGGGCGCAAGGCAUUGUUUUCGGAAUUUACUAAGAUAAUGGAACGGGGAUUUGCUUACUUGCCCGGUGGUAUAUGCAUGUCGACAAUGAGGCGCCAUAUCUCGUAUGAACAAGCAAUCGUGUGGAAAGUCUUUGCAGCUGAAGAGAAUACCCUCCACUGCCUUGCCUUCUCUUUUGUUAACUGGUCUUUUGUCUAAAUGUUCAUGCUUUCGAAAAAUGAUAUACAAAAGGUACGUGACAUAAAAGAUUGAUUGAGGAAGUUCAGAAGUUUUGUAAAUUUUUUUCUUUAAUUAAAUUUGUUUUAUGCUCAUUUUUUAACUUCUCCAUUGUAUGUAAAUCUGCUUCUGCUGCU